AUGCAAUUUGAUCAAUUAAAAUCACCUGAUAGCGAUGAUAACAGAAUAUUUAGACGGAUAAUCGCACCUGCUAUUCAAAAAUUUCGAGAGCAUAAUGGAGUUGCUGUUACACCAAAAGAACAUAUCGGAGACGAAAAGAAAGUCCUAAACGUUUCGCAACUUAAAGCUAACCUUUUACAAAUCCUUAAUAAGUUUAGCAUGAGCAUGACCAAAGAAACGGAAAACAAUAGUUUCGAUUUCAUACAGCCCUCUCUUAAAAUAUAUUUCUUCGGACCUCAUACAUCACUUGUUGUGAGUAAUGGGGAACAACAUUUUCAUUACUUUGUCAAUCCGCCUUCGUCAUUGCCUCGUUGGUUUUAUGAAGAACACAAGAACGAGUUACAGAUCGAUGAAACUCUGUCCGUCGAAAUUCCUGAAGAAGUCAAACAGGAAUUGUAUAUAAGACUUUACAAUUUAUUGCAUGUAUUUUUUAGCUUUCCAAUUUAA